AUGCCGUUACUUUUUAGGUCGCCGAAGCCAUCGAAAAAAUCGAGAAGACAUCACGGGGUACAGGGUGAUUUCUUAACUCCAGAUGCAUCUGCACCAGUGGAUACAGGAAUUCACAUUCUCUAUGAAACAGCAACGACAGUCUUCGACAACAGGAUCCGACAUAAAUGCGACAAAAAAACAGCUCACGCUAGAAGGCAGCAAAAGGCUGCCCGGUCAAAAACGGGUAAGCUGAAUUCGCAUGCGAGAAAGUCUCGAAUUGUCGAUGUGAUGGAAAUGUUCGAUGAUGGUGGUGAUGAUAUUUCUGACGAUUUCUUGGCGGACGAUGAUGUUGCUGAUAAUUAUGAUGAUUAUCCAGAUGGUUGCUUCAAACGUCCAUUCAGGCUUUCCGAAACAGAUUUUAUAGAACCAUGGACGAAAAUUUCAUUGAAGAAAGCUCGACGGGUGAGACUACUUCUACUUCGAUAG